AUGGUGCUGUUGCAUACUUUACAACGCUUCGAGCUUCACGAUUGGGGCCGAAACAAAGACUUCCUCCCAAUUGAAGUUGAGGGGAAACUAUGCCACGAAUUUAAAAUCAAGGAUGAAAAACUCGGAGAGGUGGAUCUGCUGCUUCACACCAGCCACGACGAAAGAGUGACGCACUACGGACUGCAAGGACGGGCUACCAAUGUGGUCCCUGUCACCAGCGAAGCGCUCACGAAGAAAUACGGCAAGUUCGAGGAUGGGAUGGUGGCCAAGAUCUUUUGGGGAGAGGCGAGUCGCACUAGCGAGCCAGAGAUCCUGAAAAAGGUUGAGGAGAUCGCCAAGAGGCACGCAACUGUUCAAGACCACAUUCCUGAGCUGCUUUGGCACCACACGUUCACAAAUCCCGCUGCGGCCGCCAUCCGAGAAGCGCUCGGUGUUCCGGAACCCACUACGGGCAGUCGCGUGCUCUACAUUCUUGUAUUCCGCAAGCUCCUUCCUAUCACUCAGCUUCAUGGCAAGGAGCUUUUUGACGUCUGGCGUCAGUGUAUUUCAUGCCAUCUUACUCUGUGGAAGGAAGGGGUUCACCAUCGAGAUGUCAGCCCUGGAAAUCUGAUGUGGUAUUGGAAAGAUGGCAAGCAGAUAGGCGUUUUGAACGACUACGAUCUAUCCUCGUUGGCGGAUGACUCAGGUCCUCGGGGCAAUGAGCGCACGGGCACGGUGCCGUUUCUGGCACUCGAUCUUCUCACCGAAGAGGGUCAACGAGGUGAAGUCAAACACCUAUAUCGUCAUGAUCUGGAGUCGUUUAUGUGGUGCAUCGCCUGGAUUUCCUUGCGUUACAAGAAUGGAGAUCUUCUACCACGGGGAUUGCGCCCUUUGGAUGAAUGGGCGACUUUAGGCGCUACAACAUGUGGCAGGGACAAGUUAUAUUUUCAGGGCCGUAUGAAGAAACUUCCCGUACCCUCCUACAUAGACUCUUCCCUAUGGGCGUUCCUUGUGGAUUGUCUCGGUAUGCUCAACAGGCACACCUUCAAUCGAUGGGCAGCAGACACGCCGACGAACUGCAAAGAAUCAGAUUCAGAUAUUGAUGCUUUUCUACAGUCAUUCAAGAAUACCGAGAGUUGGGCUGAGCUCAGCAAACUUCUACCGGAACCUUCAUAG